AAAAUUGUCAAAUUUGUACAAAAUCUUGUCUUCUCAAACUAUUCAGCCAAGUUCCUUAUAGACAGAGAUAAUUGUAAACAGCAAGAAUUUUCAGUAAGGUAAUAUCUACAAACAAGUCACCAUCACCAAAACAGAGAGUUUUGCUAUGAAUUCUAUUCUAAAUUGUCUAUAAUGUGUGUGUUUUGUUUAAUAUGCACAUAGACCCAGGUGAGCAACACGUUUUGUUUAAUAUGCACAUAGACCCAGUUGAGCAACACCAGCUCUUUAGAGCCUCCAGUUAUAUAUUUGCAUUAAUAACAUUUAAGAAGAAUUUUCAGUAAGGUAAUAUCUACAAACAAGUCACCAUCACCAAAACAGAGAGUUUUGCUAUGAAUUCUAUUCUAAAUUGUCUAUAAUGUGUGUGUUUUGUUUAAUAUGCACAUAGACCCAGGUGAGCAACACAUUUUGUUUAAUAUGCAUGUAGACCCAGGUGAGCAAGACGUUUUGUUUAAUAUGCACAUAGACCCAGGUGAGCAACACGUUUUGUUUAAUAUGCACAAAGACCCAGGUGAGCAACAUGUUUUGUUUAAUAUGCACAUAGACCCAGGUGAGCAACACCUUUUGUUUAAUAUUCACAUAGACCCAGUUGAGCAACACCAGCUCUUUAGAGCCUCCAGUUAUAUAUUUGCAUUAAUAACAUUUAAGAUGAAUCAUUCUUGAUGAAAUCCUCAAAAUAUUCUGUACACAUAAACAUGAUAAAGAAAUAGUCAGAAUUAAUGUGGAAUUCUUGGAAAAUAAGCCAAAAUAAACAAACCACUUUAUAGAAUAUUUUAUUUUAUUUUUCAGGAUAUUCUUUUACCCCUCUUACAUGAUCAUUUGGGUCUAACCUGCACAUGUUGAGAAAACAGAUUUGUGAAUGUAAGCAACAUCCAUCUACUGACUUCCAUCACAAGAGCUGAUUAUUGAAGACAAUGCAUGAACUUCAAAGCCACAUGUUCACAUAGUAAAAAAAAAAUCAAAAUAAAGUAUACAAUAUGGCUGAAGGAAAUUCCACUGAAUCACCAUUUCCAAAUUCAAACAGGACAAACUUUGUUAGGUUGGGCUUAGUGGCUGAAAAAGAACUUCCAAAUUUACUACGUGAAAUCCUGUUAAAAAAGGAACCACCUGAUCUCCUAGAGGAUCAUCUUCAGAAAAACAACUUUUUGUCACGUAUUUUUAAUGAGCGUGAAUGGGAAUCAAUUAAAAAUGCUUCCACAAGCCAGUAUAGUGACUUUGACAUACCUCUUAUGUACAAGAUAAUAAGGCAUUUAAAGUUAGUUUAUGCUCCAGUAGGAGACUGGCACAACAAGAUCCAACCAGUCUGGCGUGACACUGGUGUUGGAGAUGAUGUACAACGAAUUAGAUGGAUCUGGAAUGAUAUUAUAUACAUGUACAGAGAAAAUGUCAACUUGGCUGACACUGAAUUACAGAAUUACUUCUCAUUUUUGCAUGACAUAGCUGUUAGACUUGAAGACUUCCUUGAAAAACCAAAACAACUCGUUCAAAUAUUUAAAAUUUUACCAACCUGUCAGAUUGAUCAAGAAACAGAACAAAGAUGCUUAAGCUGGGUGAAAGAUUUGGAUGAGAGUGAAAAAUUAUUAAAUACUGGUGAGGUUCACAGAGAUUACACUGCUCCUAAGGUAGUACAGGACUUUCAAAGGAGGGUAUUCACUCUGCGGUAUUCCAGAGAAGAAUUAAUUCCAGUGAAAAGAAGAGAUGACAUGAAAAUGCAGAUAGAGAAAUGGAGAAGUAUGGAUGAAAAGUUUGUGGCAACAAGAGCAGCUGAUCAUGUCAUGAAAUGUUUUGAAGAAAAUGGUUGUAUGACCAUAACAGGCAAUGCAGGGGUAGGAAAAUCAUUCAUAGCACAACAUAUAGCUCUUGCACUAGAGAAAAACGGCCACCAGAUAAUACCAGUUUCAAAACCAUCGGACAUUAUAAAUUAUUACCACCCUAAUAAAUGGCAACUUUUUGUAAUAGAUGACAUUUGUGGGAAAUUUACUGCAAACCAACAAAAAAUUGAAAAUUGGCAACAAAUGAUACCUGUUAUUGAAAUAAUAAUGGCAGGCAAAUGGUGUAAAAUCAUUUCUACAUGUAGGUUAAAUGUGUUCAAAGAUGAUAAGUUUAACAUUCUAUCUCCUUUCAAGACUUGUGACUGUAACUUGAGCUCAGAAGACUUAUGUCUUACAUCAGCUGAGAAAGCAAGCAUAGCAGAAUCUCAUAUUGGUACAUGUAUACAAGAUGUAGAUGAAAUAUCUAAACAUCAUGAAUUCUUCCCCCUUUUAUGUAGUUUAUACCAGGAAAAAGAAGGUGUAGAUGUGAAAGAGUCUUUUUUCAGAAUUCCAUUUGAAGUUUAUCGCAAUGAACUUGACAAUAUGAGUAGACAAGGGGAUGAAGAGAAAUAUAAAGUAUGCGGCCUGGCUUUGUGUGUUCUCUUCAACAACCAUUUGAAAGAAUCAUGGUUUCACAGUUGUAAAGUAACAGACCAACAAAGGCAGAUCAUGGAAGAUACAUGUGUAGGCUGUAGAUUGAACAAAGAAACAUCAAAAGUAGACUUGAAAGAUGCACUGGAAAAGUUAGAGGGUACAUUUGCAUCUAAACAAAAUGGAGUUUAUAGUAUCAUACAUGGAGUACUCUUUGACUGCCUGGCUAAUUAUUUUGGUCAGAGAAUGAUUGAAUGCCUAAUAGAGCAUGGUGAUUGUGAUUUCAUCAAUGAACGUUUCCUGUGGAAGAACUUACCUGACCAGCAGGGGAGUAAUGUUGAAUUACUUAUCCAGAUACCAUAUGGUAAAUUAGAUUUGUUUCUAGAAAGACUUGUACAGGACUGGUCUGCCGGCAAAGUUUUGAAUUUGUUUAGCAACAACAAUAUGAAAGAACAAGAGUUCAGAUAUCAGUUGCUGCAAUACUUAGAACAACUUGACAAAUCCCAACAGAUUAAACUGGCCAAUACAAAGAAUACCGUGACACCAGAAGACGUUUGUGACUUAGAUACUUAUCCACUGAUAUGGGCAGCUUAUUAUGGUUAUAGUGAUAUGGUGAAGUGGUUGUUAGAAAACAAAGUGAAUGUUGACCAUAGUAGACAUGAUGGAGUAACUUCUUUGUAUUUGGCAUGCCAAAAUGUUCACAAUGCUAUUGUACGGAUGUUAUUGGACAAGAAUGCUAAUGUCAAUCUAUACAAUGAAGAUGGUAUGACUCCAUUAUAUAUUGCAUGUAAGAAUGGGGAUUUAGAUAUCGUCAGGAUGUUGUUAAAUGAGAAUGUUAAUGUGAAUCUGUAUGAUAGAGAAGGCAGGACUCCGCUGUUUGUAGCAUGUGAAAAUGAUAAUACAGCUAUGGUAUCUGCAAUACUAGAGAAGAAUCCCGACGUCAAUCUUAGCGAUUUUGAAGGAGAAACUCCUCUGAACAUAGCAUGUUAUAAAGGUCAUACUGAGGCGGCAUUGGCAUUACUUGAGAAAAAUCCUGAUGUCAAUUUGUGUAAUAUACUUGGCGACACACCUCUAUCCACGGCAAGUGGGGAAGGUCACGAUGGCAUUGUUGCGGCAUUACUAAAUAAAACCCCUGAUGUGAACUUGUGUGAUGACAAUGGAGGAUCAGCCUUGUUUUACGCUUGCCAGAAAGGUAACACUAAUGUAGUAGCCGAUUUAUUGAAGAAGAAUCCUGAAAUUAACCUGUUUGAUGAAUUCUUCAAUGAAACCCCAUUAAUCACUGCAUGUGAUAAAGGGUUCACUGGUAUUGUGGCUUUGUUGCUACAGGAGGAAGAUAUUGAUGUUAAUCUAUGUGAUAAACAAGAUUAUCAAAGAAGUCCUUUGGUUUUAGCAUGCAGUAAUGGCCAUACUGAUGUUGUGCGCUUGUUAUUGGAGAAGAACCCCAAUGUUAAUCUGUGUGGUAAAGAUAGUAAGAGUCCUCUUUUCUUGGCUAGUAUUAAAGGCCAUACUGAUAUUGUCAAGAUGCUACUGGAAAGCAAUCCAGAUAUAGAAUUAUGCGAUGAAGAUGGAGACACCCCCUUGAUUGCGGCAUGCCAAAGUGGUCAUCCUGAUAUUGUAUGUAUGUUGCUUGAAAAGGAUGCUGAUGUGAAACCAUAUGACAGCAGUGGGUCUACAUCUUUAUAUUGGGCAUGCUUUGAAGGUUAUAGGGAAAUAGUCUCUAAACUAUUAGAAAAUGGUGCUGAUGUAAACCACUCUAAUAAUGAGGGUUCGACACCUCUACUUGCAGCUUGCCAAGGCAACUAUAAUGAAAUAAUCCAAAUAUUGAUAGAACACAAAGCUGACAUUAAUAAACAAAUGUAUGAUGGGGAUAAUCCACUUAUAUCUGCUACCCAUAAUGGAUACACAGAUGUUGUAAAAGUUCUGCUUACCUCUGGCGCUGACAUUAACAGAAGUCUCCAUAGUAAACACGUCAUGACAGAAGCAAUACACAACAUUGCAAAUAGAAUUUUAAAAAGUGUCAAACUUGAGUGGUACGAGGAUGUAAUGAUGAGCUUUGGUUCCUCGAUUACUAAAGAAUACGUGACAGAGAAAUCAAUAGACUAUGUGUUUGAAGUUUUUGCCGGUUCACACCCUCUUCAUAUCGCUAGUUUCAUGGGUCAUACAGAAAUAUCCAGACUCCUCCUUGAUCACAAAGCAAAUGUAAAUGUUAAAAAGAAGGAUGAAACUACACCUUUGUUCUAUGCCUGUGAAGUAGGACAUGAAGAUAUCGUAGAGUUAUUGUUAGAAAAAGGCGCUGACCAAAAGAUUUGUAGAAAGGACAAAACUUCACCAGUUGACAUAGCUACACGAAAUGGAAAUGACUCUAUAGUUAAGAUGCUAAAGGGAAAGCAAUGAAGAAAAUCCGCUAAUUGAUUUUCUAUGGAACAGGUCAACUUUGCUGUUCCUGAGCAUCUGAGUCACAUUUGGUUUUUAUUGAGAUCUAGAAAAAGGAAAUGAAGAUCUGAAGAAAGAACAAAAAAAUGAACAUAACUAUUUAGUGAUGAUGCUUGAAGAAAAAUAGAUAAUAAGAUAUUUUUGGGGUAGAAAUGUUCAUGUUCACCUUAGUUCACUUUUUUUUUAAUAGCAGUAUGGUGUUGAUUUAUUUUUAGUCUUCUGUUAAUUGUAUUGUGGAUUAUCUGGAUACUUGGUUUUGUGUUUUCAAAUAUUUGACUGUGGUCCUGAUGUUGUCAGCCUGUUUUCCAAUAAGGAUUAUUUGUUGACCAGUGUAAAUAACACAGUGUUAUGUUCUUGCCUUUUUUUUCAUUUGGUGCUACUCAAAUUUUUAUUAUAUUCUACCAUUCUUUAUUGUUCUUGUUCAUGUCUGUUCUCCAUUUCUUUUUCAUUUGUUAAAUAGUAAAUACUGUUGGGCUUUUUGCAUUUAAUUACACUUCCUUUUUGGUAUAUUUCUUUUUCAUUUGUUCAUUUUGCACUGUAGAUUUUGUUUUAAAAAAACUCAUGAAAGAUACCAAAAUGUGAUUCAUCUAUUCAUGACUCAUUCAUUAGGGGAAAAGUUCUGUGAAAUGAACAUUUUUAUUGAGGAUCAACAAUUUACAGUUACAGUAUAUUUAACAUAUACAUUUAAUUAAAUAUGCAUUCAUUAUUGUAACACAUAUAUUUCACUAUUUUUUUUACAUGUAUUCUAUUGCACUGCCAUUGUUUCCAAUAACUUAUGCAUUUACAAAUAACUGUAUUUUAUAUAUGCUGACAGACUCAAAAAUAUUGUGUAUUUUCUGUAAACAUUGGUAAAGCAGGUAUUUGCUUUUCUGUGGAGCAGAAUUUUGCUUCUCUACUGUGUUGAUUUUCUA